GUUUCCAGUCACAGUCCACUCCGCGUUGUUUACCACAGCACGACAGUUGGAGCUAGAACUGGAAGCGUGUUCGGUGCUGUUACUGUCGGCGCAGUAGUCUUACCGCGUCCGAGUCCGAUGCCGAGAGUGAAUCAAAAACCUACGAUCCGCACGCCGACCGAAUUUAGCCUAGCCGUUACGAUGCGCUGCGCGCACGCCUAGCGCGUUGCAUUCGCACAUUCCGCGAGUGCGAAUCGAACCAACACGACAGCUGCACACCUGAGAGCGCAGUGACGUAAUGCGCGGGCAUGCGCUGGCGGUGCACCCCUAGAAGCUGUCACCCGGUCACCCACACAUCCCACACACGCGAGUGCGAGUGCAUCGUGCGAGUGUUUACUCGAAACCUUGUAAAACCUUGUUCGGUGUGAUCGGUUCGUAAACUCUACACUCAUACCUUUACGGUGAGAGAUCUCACCCGACUGUUGAUUUUUCCAACAUUGUGCAACAACACAAGCUAACUGUGUGAGUCGAACAAAUUGAUAAUUUACCUGGAACGUUGUUAUUUCGCUCCGUGCAGUUUUGUUUGUUUGUUGAGUGUACGAAACCAAUGGAUUUCUGUGAUAGAUAUAACUAAACACUCGUGGAACAUCAAUUUUUACAGUUUGUGGAUGCGAGCAACAACGCGUCUUCAUGGAACGACGAGUGUGUGGGAAAUGUAAUUAACUAUGGAAAAAGAAUCGGAAAGAAAGGCGCAAAAUACGCAAUACGUACCGACGAAAUGUAGGGUGACGAAACCGGUGCCGCCGAAGCCGGCCACCAAUCCACUUCAGUUCGUCGCCGUUAAGCCCAGUCCGCUGCUCAUCAAGGCGCAGGAAAUCAACAAAAAGGUUGAGAUUGUGAAGGAGGCGCGCAAGGAGCGCAAGGAAGAAGCAGAGGACUGGCAGAGUGUAAGCCUAAAUUUGGAUAAUUGGAAAAGCAGUCGACGAAAACGACAGGAACACAUCAUCGAGCGCGUAGAGGAAGUGAAGAAACUAGAGCUGCAAGAGAAGGAGCGCAGCAAUUGCCGGCGCGGCACCACGUUUAGCGAAAUACUAGAAAAAAGAAAUAAAGGCCGUUUUAACAUCCCGAUCUACGACAACGAUUCGAAUGAUUUGAGCGAUUACGGUAUCGGCAGCAGCAGCUCCAAGACCAACAGCAUCAAGGAUGUGGACACGGACGACAAUAGCAGUAUAUUAGAUGAAAAGGAGAACUCGUAUGAUGAGGCGACCAGCCCAACCACAACAACUGUGCCAGUGCGCCACAACGACGAGCAGGAAACAAAAAAAGAUGUGAAAUUAACAGCAACGAACAUAAACACCAACAACACCAAUACACACACCAACAAUGAGCAAUACACUUAUGAGGGUGCCAUUGAAGAUUACCGCUCGCGUAUUCGCAGCAAGAUCAAUCUCAAUGAAGCCCCCGUAGAAGUAAAAGUAGAAACUUAUAAAAGCAAGGAGUUUACCGAGGCGCAGUCUUUAUUGCCGAAGGGUAAUCUUACUGAAAGACGACGAAUGUUUGAAGCUCAUUUAAAUGGUACCUCGACCACGAAACCGAUCGGUGAGGAUUUGAUGAAUGCGCAGUCUAUCAAAGAACGUCUACAGUCUUUAGAGAAAUGCACAGAACAACCGGCGCUUGUUACCUCACCGGUGAGGAGUGAAGAUGUCCUCGUGGGUAAUCUCAAGUCAAGGUUGACGCAAUUCACCAACGCAUGUGAUUCCGAUGCCAAAAAUAAUAACGCUGAUGCGAAACUACAACUACCCAAAUCCUAUUAUCCUCUGGAUGAGUAUUUAGAGCAUUCAGAGAUGAACGGUUUUCGGCCGUCUACGUCUUCCAGCGAUCUCGUCGCCGCGUCUUCCUCGGAUCGUGAGGAUAGUGGUAUUCAUACGGCGGAUGUUUCCUGCUCAGUGAGUCAAUCAGAUGAACCUGUUGAAGAUGCCGACGUGCAACAGGAGGCUCCGAAUUAUAAAACUAUAACCGAGGCGUUUUUAAGCGGAGAGAAGGAUUUUGCUGAUAAGACUUAUAUUGCAUUUGUACCAAAACAACUUCCGGAAGAUGUUGUAGUUGUAGAGGAAGUGGUAGAGAAUAUUGUGGAACAUUCUCCGUUAGUGGAGAACAUUGCAAAGACCAUUCAAGAAGUGCCAAUCGAGUUGGAUGAUGAGAAACUUAUCGACUUGUAUGAAAAUUCUCGAGUACCAUUCACCAUGGACAGCAUUGACAUCUUUGCUAAUCCGUUAGCAUCACCGAAAUUACAGCCUCCUACUGAGAAACCGCCUCCACCACCGCCACAGAGCGAUGACAAUGCGAAUCGCAUCAACAGUCCUUCACUUAGAUUCAAAAAGGAACUACUCAUAAAGAGGUCCAGUUUUCUUGGACUUGAGGAGGCCGCCAUUAAUGAACAACUGGAGCAGUUGGAGAUUCAAGAGAAGCAGAAGGAAAUUGAUGAGCAGCUUUUGUUACAACACGAGCAAGAGUUGAAGCGACAGCUUCAGUUGCAAGAACAGGAAGUGCUUUCAACACUUGCAAAUGGCGUUGGCGAGUUGGUCGAUUUGGAGAAUGGGCCUACCGAUGAAGAAAUCAUGAAGAAGGAGCGCGAAAUUAUUGAGAUGAUCGAGAAGGAAGAGAAAUGCAAGCAUCACGAUGGCGGCAUGCUGGAAGCCAAAGACUUAAACAAUACGGAGGCAAAACCGUCCAUGCCAGCCAUGGAGCCUAAUGACAUUUAUUUAGGAAAUAAGAAAUUUGAUGAACCAUUUUACCCAGAACGGUGUUAUGAUAAUUUGAAUGAUCAAGACUCUGAGGUAUUACGCGUGGAACAGGAACUGCUGCAGUUGGAGCAGGAGGAAUUGAAGCGUCAACGCGAAAUUCAGCUUUUUAAGGAGCGCUCGGCCAAAUUGAAUAGCGCUAGCACAUAUGAAAAUAUGUACUUUGAUUGCUUUGCAAAGAAUGCAGACACGCGAAAAUCUAUGCCUGAUUUGAAAAAUUUAGCGCCUCCGAUGAUGCGGAAGUCGAUGGCGAACGUGCAACCACAGCCGCCAUUACAACAACUUCCGUUGGUACAUGCCGGCCAUCGGUUGCGAACGAAUAACACACCGAAAUAUGACUUAGGAAUACCUGUAAAUCACCGCAAGUCGAUGCCGGAUCUUGAUCGUACAGUACAAUCGGCGUUCACGAAUAAUAAUCUUUUAAUGCCGAUUCAACCACUGAAACCGCUCGAGAAAAAAGACCGUUAUAUGAGUCAUAAUCCAAUAGAAUCGGAUGCUUACAAACACCCUGGACGAGGUAUGCACCGACAUAGUUUGCCAAAUCAACCUCGGUCGAAGUCUACGCCGCGAGAAGCUUGGAUUCAGCCAAAAGCCAAACCGCAAACGAAGAGUUACAACCAACAUUGGUUGUAUCAAGAAGCUGAAUUACGUCGUUUGGCAGAUCAACAGAAAGCGGCUUCUAUACAAAAUAGGAAUGUGAUUGAUCCAAAAAGGAUAAUGAAUGAUCCUAAAAGAAGUAUCGAUCCAAUGUCCCAAAAAGAUUAUGUUAAUAUUCCCUACAUGGGAAGACAACCUCCGCAAACGUAUGGACACGCUUUACCCAUGUCGUAUCCACAGUCUCUGGCUGUGGAAAACGAUCGGGACGUGAUUCUAAGCGUGAGUGGAAAGAAAAAGUGUUCGUAUUGCAAUAAUGAGUUAGGACGUGGUGCAGCGAUGAUCAUCGAAAGUCUUUCGCUGUUCUAUCACAUGGAGUGUUUCAAAUGUUGUGUGUGCCACAUUGAGCUUGGUGAUGGCCUCAUGGGUACAGAUGUACGCGUGCGCAAUCAGAAGCUGCAUUGCCACAACUGCUACUCCAGCGACGACGGUAUAAAAUUCAGUUGCGUUUAGUAAAAGAAAAAGAGGUUCAUAAAAAUUACUAAAUCCGGUUUUCGGAAUUCGGUUUCAUGACUAACACUUCUCACCGGGAAGUUUUUGUUUAUAUUUGCGUAGUCGCAUAGAACAAUUUGUUUUUAUUUUAUCGUCUUUUCACUUAUUUCACUCAUGUAUGAUUGAUUGUCACGCAUGUUUGUGUGUAGUUUUUGUUUGUUUGUGAGAUUAUUACUACGCUAUGGACGUAUUUGGAGUUAGGUGUUUGUUAUGCAUAUUUUUUGAACAAAUCGGAUAUUAUCUAAUUUAUACCAUACCUCAUAUUCAUUUUUUGUUGUUUCUCCGAAGUCUGGAAAGUCACGAGACGGGAGCAUCACUUUUAUGUAUUUGUAUAUUUUAAUAGUUUAAUGUAUAUUAUUAUAAAAUAUAUAUAAAAGUCAUAUAAAAA